AAAACGAUAUUCAAAUUGAUUCUUUUAAUAAUUCUGAAGAGGAAACAGUGAUUGAUGAAUAUGAAAAUGAUCAAACCAUUCUUGCUGAUAUUACAAAUGAGGUGCCUCAGUUGACAACUGAUGUACCUCAGAUGUCAAUCAUCACCUGA